AUGCGAGGAUCCUUUCAAGCUGCGUUACUAUUGCCUUUGGCUUUAGGAAAUGCACUCCCUUAUGAGGGCACGCAGUUCGAGAAGAGAAGUUUCGAUCGCGUUGAUGACAUUCUCGCUGGCCUAGGUAGCAUUAAGCAGGACCUGAUGGCUGGUGGUGCUGCAAUCAACCAGCAACUCUACCAAGCUGUUCAACAGCCGGCGCAGUACAAGAAAUGCAACCCUACCAACAUUCAAGUCAGGCAGGAAUGGUCUACCUUCUCCAAGACCGAAAAGAAGGCAUACAUCAGCGCAGUCCAGUGUCUAGCGAAGCUCCCGUCCAAAACACCAAAGGAGACAUGCCCUGGCUGUAGGAAUCGCUAUGACGACUUUGUGGCUACCCACAUCCAGCAAACCUUCGACAUCCACAUCACGGGAAACUUCCUCAGCUGGCACCGAUAUUUUACUUGGGCGUAUGAACAGACUCUACGCAAUGAGUGUGGUUAUAAGGGUACCCAACCCUACUACAGUUACUCUAGGUGGUACAAAGAUCCCACAAAGUCCCCUCUGCUCGACGGGUCUGAUACGUCGCUGUCCGGACAGGGUGUCAAAGGCUGCAGCAAUCAAACCUUCACCGGUAUUCCUUCAAAUACUGACGUGAGGAUGAAGAUUCCGCAUGGCCCAGGUGGUGGCUGUGUAACCUCGGGACCCUUCAAGGACUGGUCCGUCAAUCUUGGCCCGUUGUUUCCCUCAUCGGAAUGCGUUCGACCAAACCCCAACCAGGAUUUUGCUGCUGGUUUUGGCCUCGGUUACAACCCUCGUUGUCUCAUGCGCGACAUUACCAGCUUCACCAGCGAAGGGUGGCUGAAGGAUGAUGACGUAGUAUCUCUGCUCAAGAGCGACAGCUACCAAUCUUUCUGGGAGACCUUGCAAGGCGGUCCCCCUCCAGACAGCUUCACGAACAAUUUCAUGGGCGUGCACACGGCUGGACACUUUAUCAUCGGCGGUGAUCCGGCAGGUGACUUCUCGGCUUCUCCUGGUGACCCAUACUUCUUCUUCCACCAUGCAUCCAUCGAUCGACUCUAUUGGACUUGGCAGAACCUGAAGCCAAAUGAGCGCACCACUGCUUUGUAUGGGCCUACCGUUAUUCAGGACCUUACCUCGCCCCCAGCAACUCUCAAGGAUACUUUGGACAUGGGAUCCGCGUAUCCUGGACCAAUCACUAUUGAGGACGCCUCAAGCACUAUGGGUGGUGCACCGUUCUGUUACACCUAUAUAUAG